AUGGCUUCGGUUUCUUUCGCCGGAUUUUCCAACAAUUUGAUUCCUGGAAAAUUGAAGUCCGGAGCUUCUCGCGAAUUUCACAAACGUCCUAGGGUUCGUCCAAUCAGAGCCGCUUCUCGGCUGAGCGCGGCGGCGAAGACCACGAUUCCACCUCUCACAGCCCAAAAAAACGCAUCUCCCUGGUUGAUGCUGCCCCCCGUGUUCGAAGGCGGCCCCAACUCUGGCCCCCCCAUGUCUUACAAGCUGUACAGCUUGUCGGAGGACAGAGUCCUGUCCGUCGGCGCUAAAGACGGCGACCGCAUGGACGUUGUGGGCUCCUCUCACGGCUGGCUUGCCCUGCUCGACCCCAACACCCGCGAUCUGUUCCUCUACAACCCUAUCUCGGGCCGCCACAUAAACCUCCCCCAAAUUCACUUUCCCCGCACGGGCUCCCGCCGCUUCCGUGUCAACCAGACGCACGUGGAUAGGCUAAUCCUAUCGUGCUCCCCUGACGAGGACGAACAAAAUUGUCGGGCCAUAAUUAUCUACGGUUGGCUCAAUUCGAUGGCUUUCUGCUGCCCCGGGUCCAGCCAAGAAUGGACCCGCAUUCACCCCUUGGAUGAUGACGUGGCGGGGUUCCAGUACAGGAAUUGCGUCUACUCCACAGAACAUAAUCUCUUAUUUGCCCUCACCUGGUCUUAUGACUUAAUCUCUUGUGACCUUACGGACCCUCUUUCCCCCAAGGUCAGUAAAAUAGCCCAUAAAUUUGUCGAUAAUCGGAGAAUGGAUUUCCCAGUGAACCUGACGUGUGAGCCCGUGGAGCAUCUGGUGGCUGCAGGGCAGGAUCUCCUGCUCGUGACUCAGUACGUGCUGCAGAGUGUGGGCCCGGACGGUUUGUACAUUGACUCCAAUGAUGACCCAACUGGCUCCAUCUACGAACAAGGGCUUCCAGAUUUGACUGUUGAUUUUGAUGUUGACAGAUAUGAUCCUGCCAGCGGGGAUUUUAAGCGCGUGGAGGAUUUGUCUCUUGGUGGGUGGAGUCUUUUUGUUGGCCGCUGUAGCAAUGCAGUUGCUUUGCAACCAGCGGACGAGUGCUCGGUCAAGCCUGGGUCAAUUUACUUCACUGAUGUUUUUGGGGAUCUCAAUUGUGGCCGUGAUAUUGGCGUUUUUAAUUAUGAGAAAAAGAUGGUGUCUCCGUGCAACUAUCCAUUUGAUUAUGCUCACAGCUUCGAAAAGAUUUUGCGGGCACCUAUGUGGUUCUUCCCAACUCCUACUUGA